UCCCGUCCAGCUCCUUCUCUAAUCCGAUCCGCGGCCCCCCUCCUCUCUCUCUCUAGCUUUCUCUCUCUACAUCGCGAAGCUUCUCUCCGCCGCAGCGGCCGCUGCCCUAGCAAAUGGACGCCGUGUGCUCGAACGCCGCCGUCUCCGACGGCUUCCUCGGCUCCGUCGCCGAGGCCCUGGCCGCCGAGGCCGCCGUCGUCGCGGUCAACGGCCUCGCUUGCUCGCUCCUGAUGAUGAUGAAACCUUUGACUGGUGCAGUCAGCAUCCUUCCAAAAGAGCUGGACACAUCUCAAAGCUUUCCCAUUUCUGAGCUGCAUGCUGUGAAGAAACCUGGUCCCGAGAACACAGAUGGCAGCGAAACUGAGGAUGAUGAUGAUGAUGAGGACGACGAUGAAGGUGAUGACCAGGAUGAUGAUGGAGGCGAGGAAGAGGAUGGCUCAGGUGAAGAGGGUGAGGAGGAAGGGGAUCCAGAGGAUGAGCCUGCAGCCAAUGGAGAGGGGGGAAGUGGAGAUGACGACGACGAUGAUGACGAUGACGAUGAUGGGGAAGAUGAAGAUGAAGAUGAUGAGGAUGAUGAAGAUGAAGAUGAUGAGGAUGAGUCACCUCAACCUCCUGCAAAGAAGAGAAAAUGAGAUUGUAUUAUGCUUCUAUUGGCUCGUGUUUAAUGUGGUGUUUGCUUCUUCGGAGGGUAGGUUUUUGCUAGUGUUAGGCUAGAAUUGGGGGAUUUGGGUUUGUAUGUUUGCCUCUUUGCAUUAGAGAAAGAUGCUUAGCUUUUUGUCGUGACCCUUGUUCAAUAAUUCUAGUAAUCGCUGUAUUAUCGUCGUGAUCUUUUCGCUUACCAUGUUUAGUUUCUUAGAUUGCUCCUAUACAUAUUAAUAUCAUUUCUCCAGAUUAAAAGAUGA